AUGGCUGGCGGCGCGUGGCUGGCGGUGGCGCAAGCCUGGCGCUACAGCUGGAACAACUUGCGCCUGGCCUUGGAGCACGCCUCCAGUGCUCACCGUCUUCGUUUGGAUCCGCGGGAGGUUCGACAAAUCGUUGCGCUGCACGAGUUCAUGUACUGGCUUGGCCAGGACUCGGAGAAGUGGCGCUUGGGUUGGGAGGAGGUGAGCGGCACCGCGCGGAGCUUGCUACGGGCGCUGCAGUUGUGGCUGGUGCCCUCCGAGUACCAGUGGGGGACCCGGCUGGAGGUGUCCGGCGCUAGCCACGGCCUGCGCCUGCCCUUUCCUGCCAGGUCGGUGGUGGUUCCCACCUCUGGUGACCUUAGCAGCGCGCUGCGACUCAGCAACGGCCAGGAGAUGCCACUGCUGUCCUUCCGGCCCGGGCCCGUGUGGGAGAUCCCCGUCAAAGCUACGGCCCUCUACGAGCAGUUGCGCCACGCCUUGAAGCUGGGCUACAGGCAUAUCGACCUGCCGGAGUUCUUCGGCGCGGAGAAGGAGCUGGGCCGCGCUCUAAAGGACUCCGAGGUGCCCCGGGAGCAGCUCUUCCUGAGCGGCAAGCUCAGCUCCAAGGACUGCUACCCCAUGGGCGCCUUGCGGGCAGUUCAGCAGCAGCUGAAACACCUGGAAGUGGAGUACCUGGACCUUUUGGUGGUCAAGCCCUGCCCAGAGCCCGCGCAAAGUGCCGUCUGGGAGGUCCUGGAAGCCUUCCACGCCAAGGGCGCGCUGCGAUCGCUGGGCCUCGCAGACCUCGACGUCACCGGCGCCGGCGCGGUGGUUUUGCCGGGCGUCCACGUGGCGCCGGUCUACGUGCAGACGCGGUUCUCCCCCUACACGGAUGCCUCGGUCCUUGCCUGGGCGUUGCCCAAGGGCCUGGCAGUGGCCGCCAACAGAGUCACAGGUACCUUCGGAACGAGUUUUCUGCGGCCCGAGGAGGACCCGCACCUUCUGCAAGUGGCAAAGUCCGUGGGUCGCAGCAGCUCGGAGGUCUUGGGGCGCUGGGCGCUUCAGCUGGGUCUCGCUUUGGUGGUGGACCACGCGGAGGCCUAUGUUGGGGUCUUCGACUUCCAGCUGGCCGAGGAGGACAUGCGGGUCAUCUCGGGGCUGGCGCGGCUCAGCUUCAGCGCCCCGGGGCUCCGAGUCGACUCCGCGGAGCUCACGGAGGACGUCUACGGCCUGGAGCGCUUCGAGGCCAAAGGCGCGGCGAGUCUGGACGGACGGAUGGACCAUCCGCAUUGA